AUGGAAGGCGUCACCGAACAAUCCAAGAGCGCCCUGAAGAAGGCCGAGAAGCAGGCCAAGAUGGCUGCCGAAAAGGCUGCUAAGGCUGCUAAGAAUGCCGCCAAGCAGACCAAUGUCCCCGUCGUCGGUGGCAAGAAGACGGACGACAUCAUCGGCAUUACCGUGACCAAGGCCGAGAACUUCCCACAAUGGUAUCAAGAGGUCGUCCUCAAGGCCGAGAUGGUCGAAUACUACCAGGAAAUCUCUGGUUUUUUUGUCCUCCGCCCCAUCUCUAUGUACAUCUGGAGUGCCAUCCGCAAGUGGUUCCAGGAACGCAUUGAGACCCUCGGCGUUGAGGAAGCCAGCUUCCCCAUGUUCCUUUCCGCCAAGUCUUUGGAAAAGGAAAAGGACCACGUUGAAGGUUUUGCUCCUGAGCUGGCCUGGGUCACCAAGGCUGGUGAUAAGGAUCUCGAGGUCCCUGUCGCUGUUCGUCCUACCUCCGAAGCUGUCAUGUACCCCUACUACGCCAAGUGGAUUCGAAGCCACCGCGAUCUCCCUCUACGACUGAACCAAUGGAACUCUGUUGUGCGUUGGGAGGCCAAACAGACCACUCCCUUCCUCCGUACCCGCGAGUUUCUGUGGCAGGAAGGCCACACGGCACUCCUGACGGAAGAAUUGGCUGGUGUCGAGGUUCUCCAGAUUCUCGAUUACUAUGCCGGUAUCUAUGAGGAGCUCCUUGCUGUCCCCGUUGUUAAGGGCCGCAAAACUGAGAAUGAAAAAUUUGCGGGCGGAUACUACACCACCACCGUUGAAGGCUAUAUCCCCUCCAACGGUCGUGGUAUCCAGGGCGCCACCUCCCACUGCCUUGGCCAGAACUUUAGCAAAAUGUUCGACAUCACUGUCGAAGACCCGGCCAACAAGGGCAACCACAUUCACGUCUGGCAGAACUCCUGGGGCCUGUCCACCCGCGUCAUCGGUGUCAUGGUGAUGGUCCACGGCGAUGACAAGGGUCUCGUGCUCCCUCCUCGGAUCGCUAAGCUCCAGACCAUCCUUAUUCCUGUUGGAAUCAACAAGAACACGACCCCCGAGGCUCGCAAGCAACACGAGGAGCAGCUCCUCGACAUUCAGCAUAUUCUUAAGAAGGUUGGUGUCCGCGUGGAUGUUGACCUCCGUGACGGGUACACUCCUGCAUGGAAGUUCAACGACUGGGAGCUGAAGGGUGUUCCCCUGCGUAUUGAGUUUGGUCCCAAGGAUGCUGCCAACAAGGUUGUGUCCUUUGCCCGUCGCGAUACGGGAGCGAAGGGAACCGUUGCCUUGGAUGAGCUCAGCACCAAGAUCCCCGAGCUUCUCGAGACCAUCCAAAAGGACAUGUACACCAAGGCUGAAACUUCCUUCCGUGAGCACCGUCUCAAGAUCACCAACUGGGACGAGGUCCUUCCCGCUCUCGACAACAAGAAUGUUGUCCUAAUCCCCUUCUGCGGUAAUGGCAAGUGUGAAGACCGCAUUAAGGAGCUUACCACUCGCGUGGAUGAGCAGCCCGAUGUCCCCGAAGGCCAAAAGGCUCCUACUAUGGGCAUGAAGUCCCUGUGCAUUCCCUUCGAGCAGCCCGAGGGUAUUGUUGCUGACGAAACUGAGUGCUUGAACCCUGAGUGCAAGAAUAAAGCCGAUAAGUGGACCAUGUUUGGCCGCAGCUACUAA